AUGCGCCUCAGUUACACCUCUCACCACAUCACUGAUACUACCCUCGUCGACGACUCCGGUCGCAGGCUGUAUGCCACAACGUCGAGUACAUUUGGGCGCUCGACCGAUGUGCUCAAGUUCGGGAGUGUUGGAUCCUCGACCCUCGCGUCUAUACACUUUCAUAACUGGGGCUCGGACGGCAUUACACUGGGCGGGCGAAGACUCAAGGCGAAAACAUACUUGACAAAACCCUCAUGGUGGUCAAAACGUCGAGUCUUCACAUCCGCAAGCGGUCAGACAUACGAAUGGGAUCGCAACGGAAAGGCGUGGAGGCUUCGUCUAUUCAACGGACCGGAAGUCGGUCGGUCGCACUCGCGGUCACUUGGGAUGCUCGGGAGCAAACACCCAGCAUACCUGGAGAUCAGCGAUGAUCCACGGGUACUCAAUGACCUUGAUGAGCUGGUGGUAUCCUUCAUAUAUGUACAGAUCAGGCGCGAGAAGGACAGGCGAAACAAUGGUGCCGGUGCCGGUGCUGCCGCUGGUGCAGGAGCGUAG